AUGGAACAUGUUCCGGAAGAUGGGAAUUUGGGCCACAACGAUCCAGAUUUCCCCAUACAUCUUGUGAAGGCAGUAAACAAGAAACAAGCCCCCCCAUGCUGGUUGGGACCCCGGCGCACACGAACCCCAAUUGUAAACCGCCAAACUCAUAGCAUCACGGUAGGAGACGCCCGUGGGGGGUUGCUAGACCCCCCCUCCGCGGGGGAGGUACCUUCCAAAGAGAAAGAACCUAGAACAAAGAGGCGAGAGAUAGAAACGAAAAAAAAACUACAAGAAGAAGAAUACGAAUCUCAGGAGGAGGAACUCGCUUCCCCCAAUACAUAUAUAGAGUUGAAACGAAAAGUAACAGCGGACCGGGAAGGCCAAAAGUUACGUGCUGCUUGUCCCACCCCCCCAGAAGGGAUAGAGGAACUCCAACCCCGCUCUGGAUGA